AUGGCCGCACCCGACGUCUCCGCCUCCUCAGAUCCCGCACUUUCCUCGAACAAUGUGGGGUUGGCUUCAGGAGUUGCAGGGGUGUUGUUGGAGAAGGGACCGUUGAGUGUGGGUCCCAUUGCUUUGGAAGAUGGAGAACCGCAGCUUCCGGUCGCUUCCGAAAGCAUUCCAGCCUCUUUGGAGGAUGCCCAGGGCCCUGGCGAGGAGCUGCCGGGCGAUGUACCUUCUCAGCCGGCCGAGCCGGUCCGGGAAGAGCAUUUGGCAAAUUAUGACUUCGAUGAGCAAGAGGAGCUAGAGUAUUAUCGAGAAUAUGACAAUGGGUUUAGUGAGGCCUUGCGAAACCUUUCCGCUGAUGCAGAAGCUGAGGCUGCUCUUGACAGGGCGCUCCACAGUCUUGUAGGUAGUGAGGAAUGCAUGAGCGAAGUGACCGAACAGGUGUCGGCAUGCAGUCGUGAGGCCGAUCCUGUCUUUGUACAAGAGCAGGUCAUGAACGAGCUUGUACGGCACCCAGUGCCACCACGAGGAUUUCAGCUUCCGUGGGAGCGAGGUCCCAUGAAGAGCAUCUUUGCCGAUAACUUGCCGAGCUUGCCAAGCUUGAAAGGGAUGCCAAGACGUAGCAUGCCGGAGCCCCCCCCCGUUGUGAUUGCACCGAGUCUUUCGCCAGCAGCCAAACUGCCCUCGCCGUCCGAGCCAAUCUUUAAGCUAGUUGUGAAGGUUGUUAAAGAUGUGGGAUAUCUUGAACGCCGUGAGGAGUUGCUUCAGGUUGGAAUCCACAAGUUGGCCAUCAACUUAGAGCUAGUGGGUAACGCCUUUGUUCCCCCGGAGCUUCUGCACCAAGGGCAGGUCGACGCUGAGUCGCUGGAAGCGGCAAUCGGGGUGAGGAGUCCUCUCACAUUAAACAAGCGUGUAGGCAACCUUGCGAAUUACUUGAAGUGGUGUAUGGAGUCGUGUGUUCAGAGCGGCUGUUACCUACACGAGGCCACCGUGUGGAGGUAUCUCAGCCACCUGAGGCAUUCAGGCUCGCCCCCGUCGCGAGGAGCCGACUGUGUAUCCAUGUUUCGGUUCUUACACCAUGUGUUGGGUCUGGACCUUACGCACAUCCUCAAAAGUAGACGUGUCAGCGGAAUCACUGAACAGAUGCGCACCGGCAAGGGUUGGAUUAAGCAAGCAUUGCCCCUCACGGUGAGUGAGAUCCUGUUCCUGCACCGGCUGUUGGAGCAACGCGAGCUGCACAAAUACGACCUUGCGAUGGCAUUCUGA